CGAACGACGUAUUGGUGUCCGACAAACAUUUUUCCAAAAAAAAAAAAAAAAAAAAAAGUGUCCGUCGUUCAGAACUAUUCGCUAAGCGAAGGAAGCACUGACUCUGACUCAACGAUAGAGAGAGAGAGAUAGAGAGAGAGAGAGAGAGAUGGCUGAAUACGAAGAGAGAUAUGAAGGGAACGGAGAAGAAGAAGAGCUUCACAAUUCUCAUGGUCAUGCUCAUGCUGAUUCUUCUCCUCAACUUGGUGACACUACCCACCUCGAUCUCACCGAUUCCAAAUCUCGCCAUGGAUCUCGUGAUUAUGACAGAGAAUCUUCCAGAAUCAGAGAGAAGGAGCGAGAGAAGGGGAGAGAAAAGGAGAGAAAAAGAGAAAAGGGGAGGGACAGGGAUAGGGAGAGAAGUAGGGACAGGGAUACAGAGAGAAGCAGGGACAGAGAUAGGGAGAGAAGCAAAGAUAGGGAACGAGAUCGUGAUGGGGAGAAGGAAAGGGACCGGGACAGGGAUCACCAUCAUAGAGAUAGACACAGGGACCGUAGUGAGAGAAGGGAAAGGGGGAGGGAUAGAGAUGAUGAUGAUGAUUAUUACGGAAGUCGGGACUUUGAUAGACGAAGGGAUUAUGAUAGAGGGGAUAGGCAUAAGCGCAGGUCUAGGUCUCGAUCUAGUUCACGUACAAGGGCUCGAUCUGAGCAUAGAUCAAGGUCACGUUCUCGUUCACGCUCAAAGAGCAAAAGGACUAGUGGUUUUGAUAUGGCUCCCCCUGCUUCUGCAAUGUUGGCUGGUGCUUCUGCUGUUGCAGGCCAGAUCACUGGGGCAAAUCCUGCAAUUCCGGGAAUUUUUCAAAAUAUGUUUCCAUUGGCUACAAAUCAGAUGCAGCAAUUUAGUGCACUCCCUGUCAUGCCAGUUCAGGCUAUGACUCAACAGGUACCAAAUAUUCAGGCUACACGACAUGCUAGGCGGGUUUAUGUAGGGGGCCUCCCUCCUACAGCCAAUGAGCAGUCAGUUGCAACUUUCUUCAGUCAGGUUAUGGCCAAGAUUGGAGGAAACACUGCUGGUCCAGGUGAUGCAGUGGUAAACGUUUACAUCAACCAUGAUAAGAAAUUUGCCUUUGUCGAGAUGAGGUCUGUUGAGGAAGCUAGCAAUGCAAUGACUUUGGAUGGGAUUAUUUUUGAGGGGGCACCUGUUAAAGUCCGGAGACCUACUGAUUAUAAUCCUUCUCUAGCUGCCACCCUAGGUCCAAGCCAACCUAAUCCAAACCUUAAUCUGGGCGCUGUUGGUUUAACCCCUGGGUCAGCUGGUGGACUUGAUGGUCCUGAUCGGAUUUUUGUGGGUGGACUUCCUUAUUACUUUACCGAAACACAGAUCAGAGAGCUUUUAGAGACCUUUGGUCCUCUUCAAGGUUUUGAUCUAGUUAAAGAUAGAGAAACAGGAAACUCAAAGGGUUACGCAUUUUGUGUUUACCAAGAUCUUGCAGUUACAGAUAUUGCCUGUGCAGCUCUCAAUGGAAUAAAAAUGGGAGAUAAGACUCUUACAGUUAGACGAGCUAAUCAAGGUGCAAACCCACAGCAGCCUAAGCCUGAGCAAGAGAGCAUUUUCAUGCAUGCACAGCAGCAGAUUGCUCUGCAGAAACUAAUGUUACAACCAGCAUUAGUGGCAACAAAGGUGGUGUGUUUAACUCACGCAGUUUCUGCUGAUGAGCUCAAAGAUGAUGAGGUCUAUGAAGAGAUUCUUGAUGAUAUGAGAAAGGAGUGCUCCAGAUUUGGUACUUUGGUGAAUGUGGUGAUCCCUCGUCCACAACCAGAUGGUGAACAGUCCGCUGGAGUUGGAAAGGUGUUUUUGGAGUAUGUUGAUGUCGAUGGUGCUACAAAAGCACGUGCUGGAUUGAAUGGUCGUAAAUUUGAUGGAAAUCAAGUAGUGGCUGUCUUUUAUCCAGAGAACAAAUUUGCUCAGGGUGAUUAUGAAGGCUAGUUGUGUUUGUCACUUGGAUUGUAUCUUAAAGAUUUCUUAGCAAGGAUUAUCUUUUGCACUGUUUAACCUGUAAGCUGAGUUGUUGGGUUUAGUACAGAAACUGUUCUAUUAAGGGUGGGAGUAGUAAGAAAGUUAUGAUGGAAAGUCUGUUAAUAGAUUAUUUACUAGUCUUUAUGGAUAUAUCUGGUCGCUUGAGAAAUUCUUUAUGCGCUUGAGUGAGGUUUGUUUUGCA